AUGAAAAUUGAUUAUGAUGAAGAGGAAGAAUUUGAUCGAGUUUUAACUUCCACAACAUAUUUGCUCUUACAAUAUUAUGAUAAGUAUAUCUAUAAAAGACCAUGCACGACUUCUACACAAACAGGAAACAAAUGGAUUAAAGAGAUAUUAGAAGGGAAUAAUAGUCGUUGUUGCAGCAUGUUUAUGAUGGAAAAAGAUGUUUUCAAAAGACUAUACUAUAAUUUGGAAACAAACUAUGGUUUAUGUGCCUCAAGGAGAAUAAGUGCUGCAAAAAUGCUAGCAAUGUUCCUAUUUGUACUAGGAGGUGAAAACUCAAAUAAGUCAACUAAGGAGCGGUUUCAACAUUUUGGUGAAACAAUAAGUCAAAAAUUUGAAGAAGUGCUACGAGCUGUGUGCAAAAUGGCCAUAGACAUCAUACAACCAAAGGAUCGUGAUUUUAAAGAAGUGCCUACAAAAUUAAGGAAUGAUGAUAGAUAUUGGCCUCACUUUAAGGAUGCAAUUGGUGCUAUAGAUGGAACUCAUGUGCCAAUGAUUGCGUCUACUGAUGACCAAAUUCAAUUUAUUGGUAGAAAGGGAAUUUCAACCCAAAAUAUUGAUGUUCAGCUUGAAGAAGAAGAUGAAGAUGAUGAUGAAGGUGAAGCUGAAAAUGGAGUUGAAAAAGUUGGAGAUGAGUUUCUUGGAACUAUGGAAAUGGUUCAAAAUAAUAUAGCAUCAAGUUUGAUUGGUGGAAGAAAUUAG